AGUUUCCUAUAUAGAGCACUUAAGAUGAGCACUAACUCGGAAACAAAGCAAAAAGAAGUUCAACAGUCUCUUUGAUUCAAUCUUUUAAGUCCCUCACUUAUUGCAAGUCCAGAAUUCCAAUGGCUUCUGAGAAAAGCAAGAUCUUGAUCAUCGGAGGCACCGGCUACAUCGGCAAGUUCAUUGUCGAAGCGAGCGCAAAGGCUAACCAUCCCACCUUUCUUCUUGUUAGGGAGUCCACGGUAAAUGACCCUGCCAAGGGAGCUCUCAUUCAGAAGUUCAAGAACUUGGGGGUCACUUUGCUCUAUGGGGAUCUUUUUGAUCAUGAGAGCUUGGUGAAAGCCAUCAAACAGGUCGAUGUGGUGAUAUCAACAGUGGGUAACUUUCAGCUAGCAGAUCAAACCAAGAUCAUUGCUGCCAUCAAAGAAGCUGGUAAUGUUAAGAGAUUCUUCCCCUCGGAAUUUGGAAACGAUGUGGAUCGUGUACAUGCAGUUGAGCCAGCUAAAUCUGCCUUUGCAAUCAAAGCCCAAAUCCGCCGCGCUAUAGAAGCUGAGGGGAUACCCUACACUUAUGUCUCCAGCAACUGCUUUGCAGGCUAUUUUCUGCCCACAUUGGUACAACUAGGAGCUACUUCUCCACCCAGAGACAAAGUCACUAUCCUAGGGGAUGGAAAUCCAAAGGCAAUCUUUAACAAGGAAGAUGACAUUGGCACCUACACGAUCCGAGCGGUUGAUGAUCCAAGAACAUUGAACAAGGUCCUCUACAUCAAGCCUCCCAAGAACACUUACUCCUUUAAUGAACUCGUUGCCUUGUGGGAGAAGAAAAUUGGAAAAGUUCUUACGAAGGUCUAUGUUCCAGAGGACAAACUCCUCAACGACAUUCUAGAGGCUCCAAUUCCGAUCAAUGUGAUAUUGGCAAUCAACCACUCUAUUUUUGUGAAAGGAGAUCACACCAACUUCGAAAUUGAGCCGUCUUUCGGAGUCGAAGCCUCCGAGCUGUACCCGGAUGUUAAGUACACCACCGUGGAGGAGUAUCUCGACCAGUUUGUUUAAGCAUCAUUUGGUUGUUGAUUAAGAUGUUUGCUUAAUAAAAAGUACUAGCUUUCAUGUACUAGCAGAAGAGCUCUGUGCUCUCAAAUUAUGUUGUUUUAAUGUUUGUCUUCUGUGAGGAUAUGUACUAAUUAAACUUGAAAUCUUCAAUUCACCUCUUGGAUUGUUUCGGAAUUCAGAAGCCAAAA